GCUUCUUCUCUCUCUCAAUCUUCAUCUACAACAAUGGUCCAACACCCAGAAGUCCUGUGGGCUCAGCGCAGCUCAACCUCUGAUGCAGCAAAGAACAUCAUCUACCUUACCGUCAACCUCCCAAACAUCGACCCCUCUACCCUCGAGUACAAGCUCACUGCCAACUCGAUCCAUUUCAAGGCCAAAGCCGGAACCCCCACAGCCGACAAGGAGUACGGCUUCGACAUUGAUCUCUUCGAGGAGGUAGAUCCCGAGGCAUCCAAGAACAACCUCACAACGCGAUCCCUCGUUGCAGUGAUUCGCAAGAAGGAGCUCAAGGAGGAAUACUGGCCCCGUCUCACCAAGGAAAAGGUCCGCAACGCUUUCAUCAAAACCGAUUUCGACAAGUGGGUGGAUGAGGACGAACAAGACGGCGGUGCACCCGAUCUUGAUGAUAUGGGAGAUGACUUUGGCAUGGGAGGUAUGGGAGGUAUGGGAGGUCCAGGCGGAAUGGACUUCAGCAAGAUGAUGGCCCAGAUGGGUGGGGGUGCAGGUGGCUUCGACCCCAGCUCUCUCGGAAAUCUUGGAGGGGAUUCAGGCCCUUCUAUGCCAAGCGGUGACGAUAGCGACUCGGAUGACGACGGCCCACCACCUCUCGAGGACGCCGAGCCCGCAAAGUAGACACCAUCCAGAUGCAAAAUUGAGUACGAAUUGUGUGGCUACAUUGACGAAUGAACAAAUGCUGUUCGUAACGCUGGAA